AGAUCAAGGUAGGAUGGCACUGGCGGAGGGAAUUUGGCCAGAUAAGUCAGACCACUGAAAGCCACACAAGAGGGGUAGUGGAAGCAAAUAUUUACUAGGAACUUUGGAGCAAAUAGCUGACGGAAAGGAUAUAUUUCGUCAAUGUUUUUUCCUCUGGAUCAAUCUUCUAGGAUUGCUUCUCUAUGAACCGUUUUCUACUUGUCUCGACCAGUUUCGCGAAACUGAACCUCUAGUCGCGAAAUUGCUCGAAACUGAUCGAAAUCCGGUAAUCCUGACGCCAUGGCGGUCGAUCGGACAGAGGACUAUCGCGAUGCGGUGAAGUCUCUCGCGGUGCGGCUUGGGUACGAUCAGGCUCGCUUGGCGCAGGUCACAUCUGCCAUGAUGCUCAAACCCACCUCGGGGGGAGGCGAAGCUUCCACAAAGGACGCCUUCGCCAGGCUGGCAUCUGACGUGCUCUCGGACGAGCGUUCCUUGCAUUCUCUCUUGAUGGCUGAGGGGCGGGAGUACUGCAAUGCAGCAUCGGACCAUGUGGUGGGGCAUGGGGCCAUGGAGAGACGGCGAGAUGCGUUCGAAGCAAAGGUGGGGGGCAUGGUGAAAGACUGCAGGGAGGGGAUAGAAGCGCUGAGAGGCCGAUUGCCCCCGCCAGGGGGAGCGACGGGGCGGAACGCCCAGAUGACAGCGCAUCAACAUGGCAUUGUUCUGAUCCUCACGGAGCAUCUUCAGCUGCUCUCGUCCACCUUCGAGCGGCUGAGAGCCACCCGGCUACAGCGAAUGCUGGCAGAAAGCAAGGGGCAGCGGCAGGGCGGGGGGCUGAAAGAAGCAGGGAAAGGGGCACGGAUACAGGCUCUCAAGGGAAUACAGGAGAAGGGAGGGGGGCAGGCGUGGGGGGGAAGGGGAUGGGAGAACGGAGAAGGUGGAAAGGAGGAGCGGCAAGCAGGGAGGGGGAAGGAGGAGCAGCAGCAGGUGGUGCAUGAUCCAGAGACCCUGGCGCUGCAGGAGGAGCUGGCGGACCUGCUGAGCAGCACGGCGCAGACAGAAGCGAGGGUGAUGGAGCUGGCUGCGCUGAACCACUUGUUUGCCGUGCACGUCAUGCAGCAGAGUGAGCAGAUCCAGCAGCUAUAUGCCGAGGCAGUGGCAGCGUCGGAGAGAAUAGACAAGGGCAACAAGGAGCUGAAGAAGGCAGCAGCUCACGGCAGCAGCCACCGCACCUUCCUCAUUCUCUUCUUCUUUGUGCUGCCGCUCUCGCUGCUGUUCUACGAUUGGUACGACCGGCGACAGGUUGGAUUCAGGCUGUGGUAGCAUGGUGGUACGAUUUGCACUGGACCAAUAUGCUAUUUUUUUACCCCGUAGCAUCUUGUUAGGAUGAAAUGCAUCUAAUCUAAGAGCACGCAAUUUGUAGCCUCCCGUGAUAUGCAAUCCAAGUUUGCACGUGGUUAUAU